AUGGCAGUGUCUUCGGAUUUAACCUCGAACGGGAUGGGCGCGUAUAUGAUGAAGAUCGGAAUAGGAACUCCUCCUGUAGAGGUUUUAGGGUAUGCGGAUACUGGAAGCUCGCUUAUAUGGACGCAAGGAAAUCUAGCGACCGAGACGCUAACCAUCGGUUCACACACGCUGCUGUCUACAGUAGUCGGGGUCGGCCACGAAAACACCAUCGCCACCUUAGGAGGGUCAGGGAUCAUAGGUCUUGACUAUGGCGACGCUUCUCUCAUUUCUCGGCUCGGCCCCGUCAUCAAUGGCGUUUUCUCUUUCUGCUUAUCGCCGCCGUUCGAUAUGAGCAGGCCCAGCCGUAUCAAAUUCGGUUCCGACGGUGUCGUUUCAGGUCCCUCCGCAGUCUCGACACCGAUAACCAGAAAAUCCAGCUCAAACGCUUAUUUCUUAACGCUCGAAGCGAUCAGCGUCGGUGAAACGAGGCUGGAGUUUCUGGGAUCGGCUUACGGUGGCGCCAACGAGGGCAAUAUGAUGAUUGACUCAGGAACCACAUUAACGUUUCUUCCCAUAGAUUUCUAUAACCAAGUGGUGGCUGUGGUUGAAAAGGUGGUGAAUGCGGAGAAGGUGACGGUGGGGAAGGCCGGUUUCAACUUAUGCUACAAAGCGCCGGGAAAUGACGUCAUCCUGCCGGAGAUACAGAUGCAUUUCAAAGGCGCUGACUUGAAAUUGAGCCCUUCAAGCUCCUUCCCGAGGCUUUCGCCGGAGGUUGUGUGUUUGUCUUUCUUCGGAUCUGCGGACAAUGUGUCGAUAUACGGGAACGCGGGUCAGGCCGAUCUCUUGGUUGGCUAUGACCGCAAUGCCGGGACCGUCUCUUUCAUGCAGCAGCAGUGCAAUUAA